UUAAGAGCAUGACAGACUUACUCUUUUCUGUUUCUGGAUGUGUUUGUGACAGUUGGUCUCGAAAUUUCAGACAUCUUUUAUUGGGCAAGCAGCACUAGUGAGACAGUUCCAGUGAUUCAGACAGAGAUGGGAAAACUAUUCCGGAGAUUGGUGGCAAUCGUUGUGACUGUCAGCGCUGUCCUGCAGAUGUUUUAUGUGAUAACCAUAUACAGCAUGACGAAACCAAACCGCGCCUUUCCCAUCGGCUGCCCAUCAAAUUACAGUCACAGGUCUUCCUCUCUCAGGCCAAAACACACCAACGUGGCCUUCCUGAAGACACACAAGACAGCCAGCAGCACUAUGCAGAAUCUGUUACACCGCUUCGCGGAACGUAACAACCUGACGGUGGCGCUGCCCAACGAAGCCUGUGAUUUUUACCAGUUCUGCUACCCUCGCAACUUUAGCGCACACUUCGUACAUGAGCACACGUUGCAGCCAAACAUGAUCACCAGCCACAUGCGCUUCAAUCUCGCCGAGUUGCGACGGCUCAUGCCCAACAAUACCCAAUAUGUCACUAUAUUACGGGAGCCAGGAUCCAUGUUUGAGUCCCUGUUUAGUUAUUAUUACGAGAUCUGUCCGAGUUUUAAACGGGUGCCCAAUGGAUCACUUGAAGCAUUUUUGGACAAUCCUUGGAGGUACUAUCGACCCGACGAGGACGAGUCGAUGUACGCCCGAAACACACUAACCUUCGACUUGGGCGGGGAUAAGGAUCGCCUGGAGGUGGACUUGGAUGAGUAUGCGCAGGCUUUCGUAGCGGAAAUUGAGCACGUCUUCUCUUUGGUGAUGAUCACGGAGCACUUUGAUGAGUCGCUCGUCCUUUUUCGUCACCUACUCUCCUGGGAUGUUGAGGAUAUUCUCUACGUCAAGCUUAACAUGCGGACACCCAGCUCCAAGCGCAGAUUCUCUCCGGGCAUUCAUGCCAAGGUCCGUGCAUGGAAUGCCCUGGAUGCCCGUCUCUACGACCACUUCAACGCCUCACUGUGGCGCCAGCUAGCUGUCUUGGGGCCGGAACUUGUGGCGCGUGAGGUGAAUCUUCUCCACAGGGCCCAGGAGAGGCUUGUGAAGGACUGCUUUGGCGAUCAGCUUCUACAGCUUCGUUUGGUUGCCCAGAUCAAGAACAACAAGACACGACCUUGGGUACCCGAUAAUGAGGUGGGCAUCCUAGGCUAUGAGUUGCCAACCAACACCAGCCUGCCUCACAACCUCUGUCUAAAACUCAUUAUGCCCGAGCAUCAGUAUUCAGAUGAUCUACUGCUGAUGGCUUCUCAUAGGAAGAGACGCUCAACGCCAUCAACAGUUACAAAGUUACAAUAAAAGUGAUAACAACAUUUACACCAUUUUCUUUUGUCAAUUAACAAGCACAUUCCCUUAUACCACCAGUGACCUCUGCU